AUGUACAGUCUUGAUUUGGGCCCCGGUAUUGCCCGUCAGCUCCUGGUGCUAUUCCAGAGCUGCCUGCCUUCCACAUGGAGGUGGCGGCACCUUUCCAGCCAGGUGAGCCAGAGGAUGGAACUGACCCAGAAGGUCCUUCCUGAGUCCUUCCUCAAACCCUUCUAUGCUCUCACUUCCCUCACAGAACGGGAGGAUGGAGCACUGUUGGCACCACCACCACCUCCUCCUCCUCCACCGCUACCUCCCCCAACUCCCACAGCGGUGGUCAGUGCCCCCCAACCACCGAUGUCCCCUGACGUGGUAACUGUGACUGGCAAGGUUGCCAGGGGAGAGGACACUGGCAGCGGCGUGGCCCACUCAGCCUCUGUUCAGGGAGCCCCUAAGGAGGUGGUUGACCCCUCCAGCGGCCGGGCCACUCUGCUUGAGUCCAUCCGCCAAGCCGGGGGCAUCGGCAAGGCCAAGCUGCGCAGCGUCAAGGAACGCAAGCUUGAGAAGAAGAAACAGAAGGAGCAGGAGCAAGUGAGAGCUACCAGCCAAGGCGGAGACUUGAUGUCAGAUCUCUUCAACAAACUUGUCAUGAGGCGCAAAGGUAUCUCUGGAAAAGGACCUGACACUGGCACCAGUGAGGGGCCUGGUGGAGCCUUCAGUUGAAUGUCAGACUCCAUUCCACCUCUGCCGCCCCCACAGCAGCCAGCAGGAGAGGAGGACGAGGAUGACUGGGAGUCCUAAGAGUGCUUUGGCCCUUCUCCCCCACCAGCAGGAACAGCCUGCAGGGGCUCCUGGGCCAGUCGGAGCCUGUCAGGCUCUGUUACCCAAGGAACUGCAGGGGUUUGUGCAGGAGUCCCAGGCCUGUGCCUAAAUUCUCUUCAUGGAGCCGGGCUCUGUGAGCCGUCUGCUGCCUUCCCUGUUUCAUGCGACUGCUUCACUGGAUCCUUCCCCGAAGUGCUUCUUCCUUUGAAGGAUCCUGAGAGAAAACAGCAACAUGGUGGACUAAAGAAAGUAACUGUAGGCCUGAACCCCAGCCAAGAGUGGCCUUUUAAUAAAUGAAGAGCAGCCAUGCGGGCUGUGGCUUCGGAGAAGGUGAA